AUGCUCCACGUGAACCAUUCACGUGAGCACCACUGGGUUGCACUAGGAGGAAAACCACCUUUGGAGCCUAAAACAGAUCUUAUGAGAAAGUAUUCCUUUGCGGACGUGGAGGACAUCCAGGUAGAGAAGUGACAGGAGAUCCUGGCCUAAUGGGAGCUCUGGCUGCUCUUCGUGGCUGGUCAUCGGGAACAGAUGAGUCUGGGUUCUCGGUAUGUCGUGAGGAGUGUUGAUCAAUGUGGAAGCCGACUUCUAUAG